AUGAGCGAGGACAUACUUCACAAGAGGCAAAGGAUCUUCGGCCACUCAAAUCUGGAACUGGACGAUGAGACCCUUGAGCAGUACACGUUAAUCGAAGUGGAAAAGUUGAUGCGCAUGCAAGACCGUUCUUUAAACGAUAUUAAAGAGAUGCCUAAGAUCAAACCUGUUUUGCUAAAAGAAUUGGGGAACAGUUUGUGGAACCAAGAAAUGGAUUACGAUGUCGCCGAAGAAACGCUCAGACAUGACAGUCAGUAUAACUUGCUUAACACCGAGCAGCGUGCGACUUACGAAUCAGUAUUAAACUCUGUUGAUAAAAAGGAUGGAAAACUAUUCUUUGUACAUGGCGCAGGGGGCACAGGAAAAACAUUCCUCUAUCAAACCAUCAUAUCCAGACUUCACUCGAGGAAACAAAUCGUUCUCCCGGUAGCUUCUUCAGGAAUAGCCGCACUGCUACUACCAAACGGAAGAACAGCUCAUUCACGCUUUAAUAUUCCUUUGAAACUCGCCGAAGAUAAGCUCUGCAACAUCAAACCAGGUACGAUGCUCGCUGAACUCAUUGAUAAAACGGACCUCAUAAUCUGGGAUGAGGCACCUAUGACGCACAAACAUGCCUUCGAAGCACUUGACAAAACUUUGAAGGACAUAAUGUCUAUCAAAAAUCCCCACGCAAUGGAUCAAACUUUUGGCGGAAAAACUGUUUUGUUAGGUGGUGAUUUUAGACAGAUCCUUCCGGUAGUUCCACAAGGAAGUAGAGCUGAUAUUGUCUUAGCUUCGAUAAGCCAUUCAUAUCUAUGGAACUUCUGCCACAAGUUCUCUUUGAAGACAAAUAUGCGAGUCAACCAGGACGAAACAGAGUUCUCUGAUUGGCUUCUCAAAGUCGGUGAAGGUCGUCCAGAAUCAGUACAGCAGGAUGAGGACGAUGGCUACCAUAACCAAAUGGUAAACAUCGACCCCUCAUUGGUCCAAGAGACUAAAGAUGAGUCAUUAAAGCAAGUUGUCAAUGCAGCGUAUGGUGAUAUCAACCAAAUAGAGGCCUCCCAAAGAUCCUACACCGAUAAAGCUAUCCUAACACCCCGAAAUGAUACAGUCGAUGAAAUCAAUGCGUAUACAAUCUCCAAAACCGACGGAGAGUCAAAAGACUACUACAGGUACGAUAGCUUUGAGGUUUCGGAAACUCAAUCUAACCAAAAUGAUACACUAUACGCCAUUGAGUAUCUCAACUCCAUGGAGUUUCCAGGAUUGCCUUCCCAUAAACUCACUCUCAAAGUUGGGGCCCCGAUUAUGCUUCUGCGCAACAUAAAUCAAACAAAAGGAUUAUGUAAUGGUACCCGUAUGAUCCUAACCCACAUAGGCGAAAGAGUGCUUAAGGCAGAUAUAAUUACUGGCUCCCACAUUGGAAAUGAAGUUUUGAUCCCAAGAAUAAUCCUCUUGCAAGGGGAUACACAGCUACCGUUCACUUUACGUCGACGCCAGUUCCCUAUCAGAUUGUGUUAUGCAAUGACAAUCAACAAAAGCCAGGGCCAAAGCUUAAAAGAGGUUAUCCUAUAUCUUCCUAGACCGGUCUUCGCACAUGGUCAACUGUACGUGGCCCUCUCACGUGUAAGAAGCAAAGCAGGACUAAAAAUCAUCAAAGGCGAAGACUCACACAAACAAAAAGUGAAGAACAUCGUCUACAAGGAAAUCUUCAACCGCCUUAAUUCUCAUGAGGUACUCCAGAUACCACCAGAAAUGACUCAGAACUAA